AUGUGCACAGCAGAGUGUAACAGCAGUCAGACUACGAACAGCAGCAGUCACCAGUUGCAACUGGUCAGUUCUGUCCCAUUGCGGAAGGAUUUGUCCCUGGCCAUGACUCAGAUUUUUGUGUGGCCUUUUGUUUACAUCAACUUCCUCAUGCUUUUCACCUUCUACAGCAAACAGUCCUUCAGAACUGAGACACGUUACAUACUGUUCGCCCACACCUUACUGACUGAUGUGAUUUUUCUUAUACUGACAGAUUUAGUGGUCAUUCUCUCCUACAGCUCUGUGCUGAUGCCGAUGGCAUUCUGUAUUCCAUUAUGCAUGCUCAUGGAGACGGUCUCAUCAUGCACACCUCUAACCAUCACUGCAAUGUGUGUGGAGCGCUAUGUGGCCAUCUGCAUGCCACUGAGACACAGUGCUAUAUCCACCACCAGCAGAACUCUUACUGCUAUCCUUAUCAUCUGGAUCAUAAGCUCCAUAAAGCCAUUUGUGGAUGUGUUUAUCCUUGUUGCAACAGUCUCAAAGGAAUAUUUUUUAGAGCCUACCUUCUGCCAUUAUGAGAUCAUGACGCCAGAGCAAUGGCACCGUUUAAUGAGAGGAAUUUUGUACAUUAUUUCUUUUAGCAUAAUUUUAUUCAUUGAGUUCUUUUGCUAUUUGAUGAUUGUGCUCGCUGCCCGGGCGGCCUCUGUUGACAAGAAGUCAGCAGGCAAAGGUCUGCGCACCAUCUCACUGCAUAUGCUUCAGCUUAUCCUUUGCACAAUUGAGAUUAUUUGUCCCUACAUUGAAGCAGUAGUCAUACAGAUAGAUAUUGAGUUAUAUCUGUCAGUCCGCUCUUUCAACUUUUUCACAUUUAAUGUCAUUGCCAGGGCUGUCAGUCCACUUGUCUAUGGACUAAGAGAUGAGAAAUUUUAUGCUGCGCUCUCAUACUAUGUCAGAUGUAGACAAAAUCACAUCUCCUCUGAAAACAGAGAACCAGAUCCAUAA